CCCCCCAAUCUGGCCGCUGAGAGAACUACAUCUCCCAUCAGCCCUUGUGUCCCCCCAACAUCCCCUGGAGACUCCCAGCAGCCCCUUACCCAGUAUGAAGAUGGAGGUGAGACCACCGGAUGUUGAUGAGAGCACUGGAGACCCCCGAAGAGGAUUUUUUUCAGAAAGAAAAGGAAUUGAUUUUUCCACAGGAAAUCAAUAUGAAGCGGCAAUCUAUGCAGGGCUGCUUGGCUGUGUCGUCCAUUGUUUUGUUAAGGGUGACAGCGGAGGACCUUUGAUGUGCAAGGAACCCAGCUUCAAGUUCUACUCAGUGGUAGGAAUAACAAACUGGGUAACCGGCUGCGAAAUAGCACGAAAACCAGGGGUCUACACAUCCACUCAGGACUAUCUGGACUGGAUCCACAAGAACAUUGCACUAAAUUAGGAUCAGUUUAAUGCCACUAAUUCCAUCCUCCAAUGCCAGAGACUUCUUAACAACAAAGGACUAUUUACUAAACAGUGUUUGACAUUGGGUGUGCGUUGAAGCAUAUCCGGUUGACAAACAAUGUAAAGCAGGCAUGUCCAGCCUGCAGCCCUCCAGCUGUUGAGAGACUACACAUCCCAGCAUGCCCUGACACAGCUUUAGCAUUCUCUGACCGCAAAACUGUGUAAGGGCAUGCUGGGAUAUGUAGUUUCACAACAGUUGGAGGGACGCAGGUUGGACAUACCUGAUGUAAAGGUUGACAAUCAAGAGUGGGUCAUGUGAUUAUCAAACUUUCCAUUGUCUAUCAGCAGUAUACUAUGUGUUUAGUAGAAUGCAGAUCUAUCAACCCAAACGCAUAACAACGCAUUUCACAGACGCUGUAUAACAGAAUUGCCAAUAUAAAUUCUCCAGGCAAAAACUGACGGUUUUCAAAAAAGCUGCCGUUAACCAAAUAGUCCACCAGUUCAAUCUGUUUUGGCAGAAACAUCAAUAAGAACUUGGAGCACUUGGUGGCAUCUUAUUAUUACUAACAUCUAAAAGUAACAUCUAACAUCUGAAAAUAAACUGAU